UUGUGACAAGGAGCUGCUCAGGAGCAGGAACCCAGCGGCAGCUUGAAGAACAUGAGCAGGGGAGGAGACUGUGUGUGAAGGGACGGGGCAGCUGAGAAGAGGUGGAUGGUGCGCAGAGUCUCGGGCUGAGGGGGGCAGACCUGCAGCUCCGGGCACCCAGACAAAGGGGGCAGGAAGGAGCAGUGAAGGGAGAGAGGCUGAAGCCAGUGCAGCCCAGCAGGCAAGGCAGAGGCCGGCUCUGUGUCCGAGGCUCGGAGCUCAGCAACCUGAGCAGAAGAGAAGGCAGGGACCAGGCACACCAUGAUCGGCACCAGGUCCAGGGGUUCGGAGCUCCCAGAGCCGGAGCCAAACCACGAGAAACUCGCUCUGAAAGCCUUCAAGAAAGUUGGGCUGCGCGAAGAUGAAGAUGUAAAAUUCAUGAUGACAGGCAGCAUCCUACAAAAAAUAAAGUCGAGAUUGUGGAAGAAGGAUCGAUGGAUGAAACUCCAGGAGGAUGGGUUGUCUGUUUGGUGUGAGUCGAAAUGCAGGAAAAAGCCAUGUACCUUCUCGGUGAUGGAUAUACGGGAUGUCCAAGAGGGGCACCGGUCAGAGGUGAUGAAGAAACAUGGCCACAGUUUCCCGGAGAAGCGAUGUUUCACCAUCGUGUUUGUGGGUGGUCGGACAAACCUGGACCUGGUGGCAGCAUCGGAGGAAGAAGGGAGGCGAUGGGUUCAAGGACUGAAAAAACUGAGAAAAAAAGCAGAAAAAAUGAGCCAGCGAGAGAAAAUUCACCACUGGAUCCAUGAGUACCUCCGGAAGGCCGACAAAAAUAAGGACAACAAAAUGAGCUUCAAAGAGAUUAAAAACCUGCUGAAGAUGAUCAACAUUGAGGCAAGCGAUGAAUAUGCUUACCAGGUCUUCAAGCAAUGUGACAAAUCCAAAACAAACAAAUUGGAAGAGCAAGAGAUCGAGGAGUUCUGCAAGUUUCUGAUGCAGCGAUCAGAAUUGGAGGAGAUCUUUAACUAUUACUCAGGAGAGGACCAGAUCCUGACUGUCAGUGAGAUGAAGAAUUUCUUAAAGGAACAGAACGAAAUUGCCACUGACGAAAAUGUAGUGGCGAUUAUACACAAAUUUGAGCUGAAUGAAACAGCUAAGCAGAACCAGCUCUUGACCCAAGAUGGCUUCAUGAUGUACCUGCUGUCUCCUGAUGGGGACGUGUUUAACUCCAGCCAUGACCAGGUUUUCCAAGACAUGACCCAUCCACUCAGCCACUACUUCAUCUCUUCUUCCCAUAACACCUAUCUGAUGGAGGACCAGCUGGGAGGACCCAGCAGUACUGAGGCCUAUAUUAGAGCUCUCCUGAGGGGCUGUCGCUGUGUGGAGUUGGACUGCUGGGAGGGGCCAAAUGGAGAGCCAAUCAUCUACCAUGGAUACACGCUCACCUCAAAAAUCCUCUUCAAAGAUGUCAUCACAACCAUCCGGGAUUACGCUUUCACGGUUUCUCUGUAUCCUGUUAUUCUAUCCCUGGAGAAUCACUGUGGUGUGGAACAGCAGACAGUCAUGGCCCGGCACUUAAAGGAGAUCCUCGGUGACAUGCUGGUAACUGCACUGAUCGAUGGCAAAGUCCCGAAUGAGCUUCCAUCACCCGAGAAACUCAAAGGCAAGAUUCUGAUAAAAGGGAAGAAAUUUGAUGGUUCGGGGCCCACGUUGGAUCAGGAGGAAGCACCAGAGGACUAUGAAGAGGAGAGUGUGAACAAUGGAGACAAAAGCAGAAAGGAGGUGGUGAAGGAACUGUCGAAGGAGCUGUCGGACCUUGUGGUUUACUGUAAGGCUGUUCAUUUCUGCAGCUUCCAGGACUCCUCAAACAAGGCCUGUGCCUGUGAACUCUCAUCCUUCUCUGAGAAUAAAGCAAAAAAGCUCAUCUGUGAGUCAGGCAUCACCUUUGUUUGUUACAACGCUCUGCAGCUGUCCAGGAUCUAUCCCACUGGCUCUCGGAUAGACUCGUCCAACUACAACCCUCAGGAGAUGUGGAAUGCCGGUUGUCAACUGGUGGCCUUGAAUUUCCAGAAGCCCGGAAUGGAGAUGGAUCUAAACAAAGGGAAGUUUCGACAGAAUGGCCGCUCGGGAUACAUCCUGAAACCCGGUUUCAUGAGGGACAGGUCCCUUCAGUUUGACCCUUCACGGCCUGUCCCAGGAUCAGGUCUCAAGAAGACACAACUGAUUAUUGAUAUUAUUACAGCACAGCAGCUCCCUAAAGUGAAUAAGGAUAAAAAGAAUUCCAUUGUGGACCCCCUGGUGCGUGUGGAGGUUUACGGUGUUCCUGAUGAUAAUGCCACACAAAAGACCAGCCAUGUUGAAAAUAACGGAUUUAAUCCGGUGUGGAAUGAAGUGCUCCGGUUUACAAUCAGUGUUCCCGAGCUCGCUCUUAUCCGAUUUGUGGUUGAAGAUUAUGAUGCAACCACCAGCAAUGACUUCAUUGGGCAGUUUACGCUCCCGUUCACCAGUGUGAGAGAAGGCUAUCGACACGUCCACUUACUGUCCAGGGAUUCAGCCUCCCUCUCACCGGCAACUCUCUUUGUCCGGAUCAGGAUUAAGAGUGUAUAGUGCAGAGUGAGCAGGGACACACUCACAGUCUGAUUGUCACAUGGGCUAAAACUGGAACCCCACCCCCGUCUUUCUCCCUGCCCAGUGCAACCACAAGGAGUCAGGGGGGAGUGUGACUGAAUGAAGAGGCUCCACACACUGUGUGACUAUCUAUACAUCUUAAACAGUUCUACAGCAUGACACAGAUAUAACUCACCAGUCUGGCUCUGAAGCCAGCUUUAUUCUGGAUCAUUUCUAAGCCAGCUCCAGACUGACUCCAGGCUGUUAUUGAAAAGAUCUGCAAUCAAGAUCCUGUCAAACAUUAAAUGAAUAUAAACCCUUUUCGAAACUCUAGCUCAAAAUGUGGAAUCAUUCAAUAGCACCACCGAUGUAUCACUGAAUGGGUCUUACCCAGUCUAACCCAGGAACAUGGAGUGUGCAAAGGCACAGGCAAAAAUUCAGAUCUUGCAGCUUUAGCUAAAUUCCCUCCACCUUCUGUACUCACAGCGUUUUAUCAAUGUGUAUAUAUAUAUAUGUAAAAAUAUAUAAAGUCAGCUGUUUAUUUUA